CGCCAUCUUGAAAGCAUAAUUGUUGUCAUGUUUACGUUGUAUGUGAAAGGUGUAAAUUAUUUUUUGAUUUUGUCUAAAUAGAAUACCUUGAAUGCGGCAGAAAUAAAACAUAAUCAGUAACGAUGUUUUACGCACACUUUGUGCUAGCCAAAAAAGGCCCUUUGGCUAAGAUUUGGCUGGCUGCUCAUUGGGACAAAAAACUUACAAAGGCCCAUGUUUUCGAAACGAACAUAGAAAAAUCAGUUGAUGGUAUUCUAAAGCCAAAGGUGAAAAUGGCUCUGCGAACUUCGGGUCAUUUACUACUUGGAGUUGUCAGAAUUUACUCCAGAAAAGCUAAAUAUCUUCUCCAGGAUUGUAAUGAAGCGUUCGUCAAGAUCAAGAUGGCCUUUAGGCCUGGUAUGGUUGAUUUGCCUGAAGAACACAGAGAGGCGGCAAUGAAUGCAAUCACAUUGCCAGAAGUGUUUCAUGACUUUGACACAGCUAUGCCAGAAUUAAAUGAAGUGGAUAUUGAGGCUCAGUUUUCACUCAAUCAAUCAAGAGCCGAAGAAAUUACUAUGCGUGAAGAUUAUGGUUCUUUGAACUUGGUGACCCAUGAUGAUGGAUUUGGUGACAUGGGAUUUGAUACGGACAACCCUGAUAUUAUGAGAGAAGCCAUUGGAAAUGAAGGAGCUUUAGAGCAGAGUAACCUGCUGUUUGGCUCGUCAUCUGCAUUGGAGCUUGGUGGCAAGUCCGGGAGCACUAGCGAUGCAGGGGUGACUCUAGCUGAACCACGGAUGGAGGCAGCUCCACAUGCACCUUUGGAUGAUGGUUUCGGUGGCACCAUAGGAGACGUACCUGACUUUGGACAUGCGGGAGGUCUAUUCGAAGGUGAUCUGUUCGGUGAUGUGACUGCUGGCAGCUCAAACGCUGGAGCCUCGGCCGGCAUGCCCGGGGCGGAGGCUCAACCACAGUCGUUGCAGGCGGAGAUAGAGGCGGCGGGCGCGGGGGAGGGCGCGGGCGCGGCGGCGGAGGGCCCGGACUCCGACGACGACGGCGACCACUACGACGCCGGCAACUCGCCGCACCACAGUUGGGGCGGGUCGCCGACUCACGAGGCGGAAGCGGUAGCGGAGGCGGCAGCGGGCGCGGGCGCGGAGGCGGCGGCGGACGGCGCGCUCAUGCCGCCCCCCGCGCCGCCCUCCCCGCCACCCGCUAGGCCCAUGGAGAUAGACGAGGACAUGCCUGAGCCGGUGCGGCCGCCGUCGACGCCCGCGCCCGCCAUUGACACCACUACGCUGUUGCACAACGACGAGGAGUCCUUCGCACUGGCGCCCGUUGACGCUACGGUCUUGAAGGGUAUAACGAAAGCGAAGCGCAAGCGUAAACUCAUUGUAGACGAAGUGAAAAACAUAUCGGGCGAGGAAAUGAAGAACCAACUGAGCAACACCUCAGAUAUCGUCACUACGUUGGACCUUGCGCCUCCCACACGAAGACUCAUGCACUGGAAAGAGACUGGAGGAGUGGAGAAACUGUUCACGUUGCCCGCUCGACCUAUACCGUCGAGAGUGCUGUUUAAGAAAUACCAGCGCAUGAUGACGCAACGGAGCGAGCCCGAAGAAACCGAGGCGGCGCGGUCCCCCGACCCUGAGCCUGCUGUGGCUAAACGCGGGGGACGGAAACGAAGGCAUGAAGAGAGCUUUGCUGCAGCGGAGACGCCGGCGCCUGCGGAGGUCCAGCCGGCCACACCAGUACCACAUGACUAUGAGCCGUCUGUCGAGCCGGAGGACGGAGCGCGCACGCCAAGACACGAACCAGAAGACCACUCGCCAGGUAUGCUGGGCUCGCUGGGUGCGCCUCUUACCCCGGGCGUGCUGGGUCCUCUGACGCCGGGCACGCUCCUACACGGCGGCCUGACACCGGCCGGUCUGCAGCACGGAGCUAUGACGCCAGGAGGCCUACCUCAUGGAGCGAUGACGCCAGCUGGCUUGGGUCACGGAGAACAACCUAUGGACCUGGGACUACCGUCCAGUGGCAUGACUCCAGCGGGACUUCAACAUGGAGGCAUGACGCCCGGUGGCAUGACCCCGGGAGGCAUGACCCCGGGAGGCAUGACACCUGGCGGCAUGACGCCCGGCGGGAUGACGCCGGGAUUGGGUCUGGACAGCGGGAUGACGCCGGGCGGCCUGGUGCAUGGAGGGUUGACGCCGGCGGGACUACAUCAUGGUGGUAUGACUCCAGGCGGCUUAGACCACGGUGGUAUGACUCCAGCGGGGCUCCAUCACGGAGGCAUGACGCCGGCGGGUCUCCAGCACGGAGGCAUGACCCCGGCGGGUCUCCACCAUGGAGGGAUGACGCCGGCGGGCCUCCACCACGGGGCCAUGACGCCGGCGGGCCUACAUCACGGAGGAAUGACGCCCGCGGGCCUCCAGCACGGUGGAAUGACGCCGGCUGGCCUACAGCACGGUGGAAUGACGCCGUCAAGUCACAUGCUGCUGCAGGGUCCGGAGCCGCCGCCAAUGAUGCCGCAGGUGGGCGGGGAGCGGCCGCUGCUGACGCGGUCGGCGCCGCAGUCCGCCCCCGCGCCGCACGACUUGCACGCCGGCCCGCUCGACCCGCUGCCGCUGCCGCUUGACCACCCCGACUACCAGAGUGGCAUGCAAAUGACGAACUUAGGGUACGACGAUCAACAGGGACACAACAGUCCACAGCAUGAUUACGAUUUACCGCUCAGUGUGGAAAAUGCGGAGGAAGGCGAGCGCGAGGUGGGUGAGACGGAGGAGCAGUUCGAAGAGCGCGUGCUGAACCGGCGCGCGGCCCAGCUGUUCGCAGCCGUGCGCUCCAAGCUCGCCGCCGGCCAGUGCCUCGCCUUCGCCGACAUCGCGCCCCGACAUAAUACGAGGAAGCAGGUGGCGCAAAAGUUCUACAGUUUACUUGUGUUGAAAAAACAUCAAAUGUUAAAGAUAGAACAAUCGGAAACGUAUGGACCUAUUACUUUCACAAAGGGCGCUCAGUUCGAAACGGAGGCCAUUUAACUGUAUUAGCGUAGUUGUUAGAUUUAAAUAUUAUCAAUUAGUUGUAAAAGAGGGUAAUAUAAAUGGUGAUAUGAGUGUUUUGUAUGCGACGGACGGUUGGAGCCAAAAAAUAAUGUUAGAUGUCACAGAAGUUGAUUCAAAUUCAUAGAAAUAUUUUUCGGACCAAAAUGCUGUGUGAUGAUCUCAUUUUAAUGGCAACAUUGUCAUAACUAUGUCCACCUUCUGCUAAAGCUUAUUUUACUUAAAUGAUACACUCUUGUAUCGUUAUAAUAGUUUUUAUCAAUUAUAUUAUAAUAAUUGAACGGUUUUUAAAAAUCGGUUACAAAUUUUUCACUAAACUUAGAAACUCGUAAUUUACCAAUGAACUCUGAAGUCAGUCAAGACACAAGCUCACUCUUUUAAAAUAAUUUGCAUACACUAGAAUUGUAAGAAACUCAUAAAAGUAAUAGCAAUAUGUACUGAUUUUAAAUCUUCAAAAUAUACUUCAACUUUAAAAUGAUAUGAGUUAUAUAAUUUAAUAUGACAUUCUAUAAUAAUAUUAUCAUUCCCAAUGAAUAUUGUAUAUAAAAUAAAAUUGUCAUUUAAUUAUAUUACUAAUCGUGUUAUUGACAUCAUAAAUAAUAUUAUAUUAGUAUUUUAUUUCUGUGAAUGCGCCAAGCUGAAAGUGACAUAGUUAUGCGUUACAUUUCUAUGAGCUUGAUUGAAAAGUGACGGUAUAUAGAGACAUUGGGAAGUCGAUGCUGUAGAGAUUUGCCUUAUUUGUUUUGCGAGCUAGAUUUAAGUGAAAUUAUAUCAUGUUUGAAUAUUUAACUAUAAUAUUAUUCUUUUGUGGACACCCGUCAUUUGUUGCACACACCUACAGUAGUGUGAACAUUUUGCACGUUGUUUUUAUAUAAAUUAUGUUAAAUAAACAUAUUUUAAGACAGUUGAAAGUGUAGACAAUAUUCGCUUUAAGUUUUGUUGUUUCACUUCUACGUUUGUGUGCCGGUAAAUACUAAAAGGGAUCUACGAAAUCAACGCUUUUUGGCACAGAUGUUCGAUAAGGUCGAGAUAAGUGUUUUCUUUAUGGUAUAUACUGUUUGAGAGGUAAUAACUUGCCAGGGAAGUAUGUGGUUAGUGGCAAAUUUCAUAAGGAAUACCUAGUGAUCUUAUAAUUUUUAGAUGGUUAAAAAGAAAAAAAUGUACAAGUAACUAUAAGGUAGCUGAUGAAACACCAAAUAAGAAAGGAAUUUGACAUUGUCUAUUACAACAGAAAUAUAUUUACAUGUUUAUACGGUCUGCGUGCGCGAUGCGUGAGCGUUGAAUGUUUCCUACAAAGUUUCUCGAUUAGUGUUCAUUUGACAUUUCUCCAAAGUGAAUGCGAAAUAUAUUGCCUAUUUUGUAUGCACUUUGGCAUUUUGGUUUGUUCAAAAUUGUGUUGAGGAAGUCUUCAUAUUUAACAUAGUUUGUAAAAAAUUUAAGGAUUCACCUCUGUCAUAUAACGGUCACAUAACAGUAUGGUCCAGGAUGUCUUAUGCCAGUACAUAAACAUUUGUGGCCUUUACAGAGGUGAGCACUUAAAUGCUUUCUAUUGAAAUUAUUUGCAAUAAAUUUGUUGAUGAUA